GGUCACACUGCAAGGCUAAACUAGAUGUAAAUAUUCGCACACGAUUUCAAUUCCAUUUGAAGAACAUGGCUCAAGGAAAUCAACCUGUCGAUGAAGGAUUACCCUGCAACGCUUACUUGGACACCAGCCUUCAGGAGGACGAGAAUAUGCAACGCAUCCUGAAAACCUUCUACAGUAGCAUCGAAGUUCUGGAAGCCGACAUGGAGAAGGCACUGGCGCUACAGGCAGCACGCACAUUGUCGACAAAUGAGCAAAUUAAAUUGGAUAGUUACCUGGUGUAUUUGAAGAGCACAUUGUUUUGGAUAUACCUGAAACUGCAAGGUCUAGAUGUCUCGAAGCAUGGUGUGAUGCACGAUUUGAGUCGUACGAAGGAACUACUUGCCCGCGAUAAGGAAAUAAACGAUGCUCUGGCGGCGCCAAGACUGGAUAUGAAGGCUGCCAAGCGUUUCAUCGCAGCAGGAACCCACACGCGAUUUGUGGAUAUGGACGGCGUUAUGGUCACGGAAAAACAAUAUAAUAAAAGCCUACAAGAGACGACCAAAGAAUAAAAAUCACCAAGGGUUAAUUUGAUAGUAUAGCGGCCUAUUCCCUUCAAAAUUUUAGAUAAUAAGUCAACAAUAAGACAAUACAAAUCAAAAGCAUUCACUUUUA